GUCUUGAGAGGGAGUAUUUGAAAAAUAAGCUGCUCAGCCGGACCAGUGCAAGAGUACCACUGUACCAGACGUUCAUACUUCAUGAUCAAACCGUGUUCUGACGUCUCUGUGAUCGUACCCAUCGUCGUUCCAUUUCAAAGGAUAUUACUAUUCUUAGAUCGUUCGCUAUUUUAACACUACAAAACACCGUGACGUCUAUUUAAAAUCUGAAUAUCUUCACGAUAAAUAUUCCACAAUGGACGAUAUGAAACAAUUAGCCAAGACUUUAAUGCAGUAUAGAUCAUUCAAAGAAAGACAAGAAUGUCUUAGUGAAUCACUCGAUCAUCUGUCAUUUAAGUAUCCUGAUAUAUAUGCAGUGUUGUAUAGAGAGAUUAAAAAAAGAGAGUUGGAAUCUAAUGAUCCAAAUAAAAUUGCAAAAUGGUUCAGAAACCCAACACAAAAAUCGUAUGUCAAGUUGCACGAAUCAUUGAUGAUGGUAAAAAAUAACAACAUCAUGGCCAAGGAAGAGUUAAUGUACAAUUUAAGGAGUGUGUUUAAUCAAACAAUUAAAAAUGGUACCAACAUUGAAGCAGCGAUGAAAUUAAGUCAUUUAAUUGGAAAAUCAACACACUUGAAAAUAUUUAAUGAGAAUUUGAAACAACUCAUUAGUCAAGUAAAUCAGUUAAGCAACACUCAACACCAUAUUCCAAAAGAAACUUUGACAGAAAACAUUUGGGCAAACAAUUUCAAACCCCCACAACUAGACCCUUUCCAGCGAUUCAAUUUUCAAUCURCUCAGCAGCAGCAUACACCUGUUUGGCAAAAUAUGUUGCGACCAACCAAUUUAGAACCUGAUAGGGACCAACCACRCUUCAGUAUGGAAUGUUACGGGUAUCACCAUCUGGAAAUGAUUGCGAAAGUCAAUAGCGCUACUUCUGUGAACAACCCACAGACACUUAGCGACUUGACAAUUAUUAAUCAAGAAAUGGAUGGAGCAGUUGGAAAGUGGCUUUAUUAUUUGAAACUGCAUAAAUACCAAUGGUUCUUCAAUAGCCUCAGUUAUCUUGAAAUUGUAUUCAUUGACGAGGACAACAUUGAUGGUUUUAUAGCAAAAGUAAACAGAAACUCCAUUACAAAAGGUGCACAAAAAAAGAUUUGCAUUUCAACAAAGACAUUGAGAAGUCGACCACAAAAGUUGAAUGACUUAUUAUUGAAAUUAGAUUUGGAUGUUACUCCCAGUGAACUAUGUGAACUCUUGUCAUACAUGCGAGACAUCUUACAUUAUCCCAUACCGAACAAGAACUGUGUGGUUGGUGAUCAAUUACAACAAGACAUAAUCCUUGUCAUGGAAAAAUUGUUAAAUCAACUACUGGAAAAACUAGAUAUGAUCCGUUUUCUCGUCUCCCAAAGUCUACUUGGAAUGUCCAUUAAUAAAUACUUGGAAUGCACAUUGUUAAUUAUUGGUAAUCAAAUGUUCGUGAAACAACAAAUUGACAAAACAUUGAUGUUUGCUGAUACUUUAAAAUUCAAAGUCCGUAGAAUUCCUAAAAACUUCUACUAA